AUGGCUUCCGAAACAUUAACCCAGACGCCCAUUGACACCGUAACAGUGCAAUCUAAUAUAUAUUCACCCGGUGAAUCCAGACCGAUUGAAGCACUGCAAAUUGAAGAACCUGGCAAUGAAGAGGAGAAUAUUGUCUUUCCCACUGGCCCAAAGCUUUGGUCAACCAUGUUGUCAAUGUCCAUCGCUUUGUUCCUUAGUGGACUUGAUAUCACGAUUGUUGCAGUUGCCGUACCAAGUAUAACCGACGAAUUUCAGACUAUAGCUGAUAUCGGAUGGUAUUCCGCUGCAUAUGGCAUGUCCCUCAGCGCCUUUGUCUUCUUUUUCGGCCAGAUCUACACUUUAUUUUCCACCAAAGCCGUUUUUCUCAUCGGCAUCGCAACUUUUGAGAUAGGUGCUCUAAUUUGUACCCUCGCGCCCUCAUCCGCAGUCUUCAUUCUCGGGCGUGCAAUUAGCGGUCUUGGCCGGGGAGCCAUCAAUGGAGGUCUGUUCAAGCUUCUAAAGCAAUGUUUCCCCCUAUCUAAACAAGCAAUGGUCAACAGCUUGCUCAGCGGGGUUGGAAGUCUCGGCCUCAUCACUGCACCUACCAUUGGCGGUGUUUUAGUCGAUGCUUUCUCGUGGAGAGCGUGCUUUGGUGUCAACAUUCCCCUUGGUGUCUUGUGCUUGAUCUUGACGUGGUACGGUGUCCAUGAGUCUUCUCAUCAUCGAGAGAACGCACCCGUGCUCACGUUAAAGGAAAAGAUUAAGAAGAUAGACUUCCUUGGGACGUUAAUUGCUGUUCCAGCUGUUACGUGUCUUCUCAUGGCCUUGCAAUGGGGAGGCACCAAGUUUGGCUGGGGCAGCUGGCAGAUUAUCUUGCCUCUUGUCUUUUGCGCGCUGCUGUUUACUGCAUUCGGGUACCUACAAUACCACCAAGGUGACAAGGCCCUGCUGCCCCCGAGAAUUCUGAAGCAGAGGAGUAUCAUCGCGGGCAUGUGGUUUGGAGCAUGUUGCGAGGGGGUUCUUGCGGUUACAGAAUACUACAUGUCCAUCUACUUCCAGGGAGUGCGAGGAUAUACACCUACGAAAGCUGGGUUGCUUGCUCUUCCUAUGGUAGGCGGCUUGUCUAUCGCCUUUGUUAUUUCCGGCCUUGGCACGACAUGGCUUGGAUACUAUUACCCAUUCAUGCUGGCCACGAGUGUCUUGACGCCCAUCAUAUCAGGCCUUCUCACAACUAUAGACUUUGAGGAACAGGUAACCAAAGCAGUUAUCCUUUUGUCCUUUUUAGGGCUGGCAGUCGGUCUUGGUCUCAAUAGUCCAAUGAUAGCACUUCAAGCAGUUCUUCCCAUGGAAGACGUUUCUCUUGGUGGAGCAGUUUUGACCUUUGGUGCCGGGAUGGGUUCCGCAUUGUGGAUUUGCGCAUCAGCGACAUUGUUCCAAGACCGUCUUGCCAACGAGAUUAAAUCAACCUCACCUGGUACAGACGUUGAUGCACUUCAAAAGGCGGGGUUGUCAAAAAUGAGAGAAUCAAUUGGACCAGAUAGGUUGAAGAGUGUGCUGAAUGGCUAUGAGAAUGCUGUUAUACAGACCCUGUACAUUCCAUUGGCUUUGGCCGUGCUUACUAUUGUUGGCUCUGUGGCUAUGGAGCGCAAGUCUAUCAAGAAAAAGCAAUCCUAG